CCCUCCGUUGUCAAACCACCUCCACAUUCAAGCCCUCAUUCUACUCUUCAGGCCACCGCUUCCACCCAAUAAACCGGCUGCCGUCUAGUCGCCGGCCGCAACCGACGCAGACAGCAGCCGGAAUAAUAUAUAUCAGCAGCCAUGGGUGCAUGCGCCAGCAAGCCCAAGACCGUCGAGGGCAAGGCACCCCAGGAGGAGGCCCCCGCCCAGCAGACACCCAAGGUUGCACCCGACACCACCACCGUCGACUCCACUGAUCAGGUUGCGGCUGAUCAGACACCGGAGAAGGUGGUGGUGGAGGAGGAGCCAGCGGUGGUAGUGGAGGAGGAGCCAGCGGUGGCGGCGGCGCCGAAGGAGGUGCCCACCGCCGACGCCGUCCUCGUCGAGGAGAAGGCUGAGGCGACGACUCCCGAGAAGGCGAUCGAGACCAAGGAGGAGGAAGUCGUCCAAGAGAAGACCGUCGUCGAGGAGGAGAAGCCCGCAGCUAGCCCCGUCGUCGUGGAGGAGGAGAGCGCCGCCCCCACAGUAGCCGAGGCGGCUGAGGAAAAGCCUUCGGCGGCCACCGUCAUCAUUGAGGAGAACACCACGGAGUCGAUCAUCAAGAACGUCGCGGAGGAGAAAAGCGGUGAGGAGAAGGUGGCAACGCAGCAGAGCUGAUCGUACAUCCAUCCAACCACGUAAUCGAAUCAACACGGCUUGCAUAACCUGCAUAUGCAUGCCUAGAUGUUGGCACGUACCUACGUACGUGUAAUUCCGUGGGAUCAAAACGAUGAUCGGUGAACCCUGUAAUAUUCAUUUGGCGCCUCCCGUUUUUCCUCCACGGGCUCUACUCUUAAUAUUGAAUUAUAACUCAUGGGCUUGUUCAUCAUCUA